CCGCCGCUGCAGCCGCUGUCUCGGUCCCCGCCGCCGCCGGGCCCUGCAGGCGCUGGGCGCGCGCAGCCAGGCAGAUUAAAAUCACCAACGGAACCUUCCAAGGAGACCAACUGAGUGGAAAUAACCUUCAGUAACUGCUAAUGGGAAUUGGAUUUAAAACCAUCAGCUUAAAAUAAAAAAGCUCAUGUCUCCUGAACCGCUAUCCAGCCGGAUCUCUUCACUACGGCACACUUUGAGAGCCGCUGUCCUGAAAAGUAGCUUGGAAGACGAUGUUAAGAGUGGCUGUGCAGGAGUGAGUUGGCCAGCCCAUCCAAGGGCUUAGGAGACAGUCUACACACUUCCCAACUUGAAUUGGUCCCAGCUGCUCCCAGAAGAACGAGUGAAUUGGUCCCUAUGCCACCCCUGGAGAGCUGCUCGCUGCCCACUUGGCCGUGAAGGGCUGUGCGGUUCCCCUGCGCGCCAGAGCCUGCCGUGGCCUCUUAUGCACUCCACCACCCCCAUCAGCUCCCUCUUCUCCUUCACCAGCCCCGCAGUGAAGCGACUGCUAGGCUGGAAGCAAGGAGAUGAAGAGGAAAAGUGGGCGGAGAAGGCGGUGGACUCCCUAGUGAAGAAGCUGAAGAAGAAGAAGGGAGCCAUGGACGAGCUGGAGAGGGCGCUCAGCUGCCCGGGGCAGCCCAGCAAGUGCGUCACGAUUCCGCGCUCCUUGGACGGGCGGCUGCAGGUGUCCCACCGCAAGGGGCUGCCCCACGUGAUUUACUGCCGCGUGUGGCGCUGGCCGGAUCUGCAGUCCCACCACGAGCUGAAGCCACUGGAGUGCUGUGAGUUCCCGUUUGGCUCCAAGCAGAAAGAGGUGUGCGUCAACCCUUACCACUACCGCCGCGUGGAGACUCCAGUGCUGCCUCCUGUGCUUGUGCCAAGACACAGUGAAUAUAACCCCCAGCUCAGCCUCCUGGCCAAGUUCCGCAGCGCCUCCCUGCACAGUGAGCCACUCAUGCCACACAACGCCACCUAUCCUGACUCUUUCCAGCAGCCUCCGUGCUCUGCACUCCCUCCCUCUCCCAGCCACGCGUUCUCGCAGUCCCCGUGCAUGGCCAGCUACCCUCACUCCCCGGGAAGUGCUUCUGAGCCAGAGAGUCCGUAUCAGCAUUCAGUUGACACACCACCCCUGCCUUAUCAUGCCACAGAAGCCUCUGAGACCCAGAGUGGCCAACCUGUAGAUGCCACAGCUGAUAGACAUUUAGUGCUAUCGAUACCAAAUGGAGAUUUUCGGCCAGUUUGUUAUGAGGAGCCCCAGCACUGGUGCUCGGUCGCCUACUACGAACUGAACAACCGAGUUGGGGAGACAUUCCAGGCUUCCUCCCGAAGUGUGCUCAUAGAUGGGUUCACCGACCCUUCAAAUAACAGGAACAGAUUCUGUCUUGGACUUCUUUCUAAUGUCAACAGAAACUCAACGAUAGAAAAUACCAGGAGACACAUAGGAAAGGGUGUGCACUUGUACUACGUCGGGGGAGAGGUGUAUGCUGAGUGCGUGAGUGACAGCAGCAUCUUUGUCCAGAGCCGGAACUGCAACUAUCAACAUGGCUUCCACCCAGCCACCGUCUGCAAGAUCCCCAGCGGCUGCAGCCUCAAGGUCUUCAACAACCAGCUCUUCGCUCAGCUCCUGGCCCAGUCAGUUCACCACGGCUUUGAAGUUGUGUAUGAGCUGACGAAGAUGUGCACCAUCCGGAUGAGUUUUGUUAAGGGUUGGGGCGCUGAGUAUCAUCGCCAGGAUGUCACCAGCACCCCCUGCUGGAUUGAGAUUCAUCUUCAUGGGCCGCUGCAGUGGCUGGACAAAGUUCUGACGCAGAUGGGCUCUCCACAUAACCCCAUUUCUUCAGUGUCUUAACAGUCAUGUCAUAAGCUGUGUUUCCAUAGGAUAGAGGCUAUUGCAGGGAGUGGCUUGUAUCAUUUCAGAUUUGCAACUAACUGAAGUUUCUACAAACAUGUGUAAAUACAUAGAAGGUAUACUAUUCCUAUUUUUUUUUUAAUCACCAUUUGUUUUGUGCUUUUAGUUAACCUGAUACCAGUGCAGUGCGAUUGGAAAAGCAGGCCUUUUGUGCCUGUGCUAUAAUUGGCAGCUUUUGUGGGAGGAAACAAUUGAGGGGCAAUAUUGUCAAAAGUAUUUGAAGGGUGUUAGCAGAAGAAGAGGCAGCUUUAGUCAGCUGUGUCAUCAUAAAGCAUGUUAUGUGGCCUCACAGAAGUACUGAAACUGUUUAUACAGCAAAAGUCAGGAAUUAGCAGCGCUAAAGCAAAUAACACUCAGAUGAAACAAAGCAGUGAAACCCCUACAGUUUAAAUGAUGUCACUUUAGCGCUAUUGGCAAGAAGAAAAACAAGCUUGGACAAUGAAUUCUAUGAGAUAAGUCAUAGAAACUUUACUUCUAAGGCUGACAUACCCAUAACUGGGCUCCUGUGCUGAUAUUCAGUGGUACAUUUUAACCAAACUGUGAUCAGAAAAGAAAAAAAACUGUGAAGCCAAAAAGUCAUGUUCCCUCAGU